AGGCAGGCCAACCCAAGAGGGAGGGAGUGUGUUUGGGGCAUUGGGUUCUGCAGGGUGGGAGCGUGGGCAACUCCUCCCUGCCCUGCUGGUGUGCGUGUACCCUGGCAGGGUGUGGAGUUUGGACACGCACGUGUGCAGGGCUGGUUGCGUCACUGUUUGGGGGCACCAGAGGCCCAGAGGAGGAGGACUGGAAGACUGACGGUGUUUACACCCCACGUCCUGCUCCAACCAGAAGUUUGGGGAGAGGAUAAUGGUGUCUCUUGGCCACAUCUUGGUUUUCUGUGUGGGUCUCCUCACCAUGGCCAAAGCAGAAAGUCCAAAGGAACACGACCCGUUCACCUACGACUACCGGUCCCUGCGGAUCGGAGGCCUCAUCAUCGCCGGGAUCCUCUUCAUCCUGGGUAUCCUCAUCGUGCUCAGCAGAAGAUGCCGGUGCAAGUUCAACCAGCAGCAGAGGACUGGGGAACCCGAUGAAGAGGAGGGAACUUUCCGCAGCUCCAUCCGCCGUCUGUCCACUCGCAGGCGGUAGAAACACCUGGCACAAUGGAACCCAGCCAGGACUCCCCUGGCACCUGACGUCUCCCACGCUCCACCUGCGCGCCCACCGCCCCCUCCGCCGCCCCUUCCCCAGCCCUGCCCCCGCAGACUCCCCCUGCCUCCCAGAUUUCCAAUAAAACGUGUAUUCCUCUCGACAGC